CACACACACACACACUCUGACUUGUAGUAGAAAGUAAACAGGACAGCUCUCCGCGCCUUAUCGCUCUCAAGCAGGCGCGUGACCGCGCUGCACUAUCCGCGGCAUCUAAGAGUGAAAAAAACAAGCCUCCCCACUGCGUGUGUGUGGCAGCUUGUUCUCCAGUGAUGCAGGUGGACAACAAAGAGCCACGGUGUUUGUGUUCACAGACGAGACUCAAGGAUGAGAUGUGACCGCCUGAGCCGAGUGUUGGCACUUUACCUGAUGCUGUGCGCCUUGCGGACAACUUCCAUCGUCCAGCGCGCACGCGAUUUCGAAAAGAAAGUGUCUAUCCUGCUGAAUGAAGAGCCAGAAAACCCAAAGUGCUUUGUUGAAGGCAAGAAUGACUUCACGUGCUUUUGGGAGGAAGAUGAGGAAAAGGCUGGAUCUGUGGAUCAGUACUCCUUCACAUAUGCAUACCAAAAUGAAAACAGCAGCCAGUGUCCACUGAGAGCGCUGCCUGCUGCAGGUGGGAAGAAACUCUUCAUCUGCCACCUGAAUCAGUCCCAGAUGUUUGAACAAAUGUUCAUCCGCGUUCACCGCGAGGGAAUCAUGAUCCACAACCGCAGCCUCCUCAUCGAGCUCUUCUUCCUUCUUGACCCGCCCGCUAACGUGACAGUGAGCAGCACGGGGAAGCAAGGCCAGCUCAACGUCAGCUGGGUGCCGCCUUCUCUCAAGUACAUGGACGACAGCAUGAUGUACGAGAUCAGAUAUGCGCCAGCAGACAGCCAUGUGGGACAGGUGGAGGAGGCCCGAGCCGGAUCAGAGUUGAUCCUGACGGAUCUGCAGCCGGGCACCGUGUACAAGGUGCAAGUGCGCGUGAAGCUGGAUGGGAUAAGCUACAGUGGCUAUUGGAGUGCCUGGAGUGAGACGGUGCUCAUGGAAACACUGCCUGCAGAAUUCGACCCACUCAUCGCGUCGCUGACUCUCAUCAUCGUCUUCAUCCUCAUGGUGCUGUCGCUCACGAUGCUUCUGUCUCAUCGCAGCUUUCUCUCAAAGAAGAUUUGGCCCAUUAUUCCAACUCCAGACAGCAAGUUCCAGGGGCUUUUUACUGUUUAUGGUGGGAACUUUCAGGAGUGGUUGGGACACACCAAUGGAGGCUUGUGGGUGACGCCGGCUCUCCUCUACUCCGAGGAGCGGCCCGCCCCUCUGGAGGUGCUCUCGGAGUUAAUCCCCCGCCCCUCACUGCCCUCCCCACCUCUGCCACCCAAGCUUUCCAGAGCUUUGCGUACGGACAAGAAAGAGGGCAAGAAAGGGCUGGACGAGAGAGAGCCGUCGGAGAGAGGCAGUUCAGCUCAGACAGACGGAUGGAGAGCAGCAGCAGCAGCAUCAGCACCACACGACCACUGGCUGGUGGACCGCUUACGGGCCCUCCACCAGCUGCCCAUGCCCUGCUCUCAGUCCUCUCUGCUGGAGUCUCAGGACACCUACGUCACCCUCAGCAAUCACAAUGAGAGUGAGCACCUGGAUGACACUCUGGAGGAGACAUUACCCCUCGAGGUGCUGUUUGCGCCCAGAAAACGAGAACUGUGUGAAUCCCACUCUGACCUGGGCUCCGGGCAGCAGAGCUCCGGGUCAGGUUGUCUGUCGUCACAGUCCAGCUUUGAGUACCCGAACCAGGCGUGGGCGAACAAAGGCCCCGGGUACACGUACAUGGCAGUGGCAGAUUCGGGCGUCUCCAUGGAUUACAGUCCCAUGAGCAGAUUUGACGACAUUGGGAAAGUCGUUAUCUACGCCAACGACUACAAGAACGAGAUCCCCGCUCACAGACCGCCCUUCCUGCCGAGACAGCACGCCGUCCACGACGAGGGCUGAGAACCAGGGGCCGCACAGCGGGGCUCUGCAGACUUGAUCUGGAAAUUCACUCAAAACAACAAAGCCUCAUGUCAACUGUUAAGACGUGAGGUUUUUUUUUGGCUCUGACAGAAACAAACUCCUACUUAGUGUAAGCUGAAGGACUCACACGUCCACCGGACGUACAGACGUCGUAUCUUUAGCUUCAGCCAAAUCGUUCCUGAUCUGUACUUGGCAGCUGUGGUUUAUGCCAAAUACUGAUCAGUGUUAAAGGUUUGUAUGUUGGUCUCUCAGUGUCCUGUAGAUCAGAUCAGGAUGUUGUUGUUUUUUUUUUUGUUUUAAUAUCAUUUACAAAUUGAAGCUGAAAUGAAAUGUUUGUGUUUGAGCUUUUAUGCUAUUUUGAUGGUAACCUUUGCUCUUCUUAGGCUUAAAUAACAGCGUUAAGAUAAAUACACAUUAGAAAUAUGUAAAUGAACAACAUGGACUCGUGCACUUUUCCUUCUGCCUCUCUGACAUAAGCUCUACAAAAACUCUAUCCCGUGAAAAGACAAACCAGUAAUGAAGUCAUGAUCCAUCUCUGUGACCUCAAUGUUUUGAUUUGAAUUCACAUACAUGAAGGCUGGCUGUAGGCUACUCAGUAAAUAGACGUGGUGCAUGUCAUGUCUAUACAUUUCUAACAUAGAAUGUCACCUCGUGCUGACUUUGCCUUACAAAUCUGAUAAAACUGUAUUUGUAAAUAACUUUAUGACGCUUUUUCUAUUUUAUCUGUUUUAUUUUAAUCUUUUUUAAUUCUAACUUCAAAGGCUUAAGCUUCCUUUUUUUACUAUUACUUUACAAUUCAAAUGUUACCAUUAUACAACAGAUGCUAUAUUUUCUAAUUAGUGUUUUACUUAGCGUUAAGAAGCAGAAUAUUUCCUUUACUGUUUGUCUUCUUUAAACAUUUGGAUUAUUAUUUUCUGUGGGCAAGUAUUAAGUAUAAGUAAACUAAUAACUGUACCCACUUCAGUUCAGUAUUUCACACACAUUUCUCACUAACAAGUGGGUGGGAGAGGAACAACUACUAAUACUCUACGAUGUACAAAUAUGUGUUUACUUGUAAUAUACAGUGAAUAUCUCUCUGA